AUGGCGUCCUUCAUGGAAGAGCUAUGGUCGAGCAUCUUCACGCCUGGCCCCACCCCGACCUUGUUGAUCGCGACCAAUGUCACUUUCGCAGCGCUUCAGCUCCUCUUCUUCGUCCUGUUGCUGGCGACACACAGCAUCCACUUCAUCGUCCUGUCCUUCCUGAGUGGUGGACUAUGGUACUCGAUCAACUGGUUUGCAACAGAAGUUCGCGCUGUGCACCAAGCACAGGAAGCCGAGAAGAAAGCACAGGCCGAGGCCGAGGCCACCGGGUCUGAUAGUCACAGGGAGAAGGAUUCCGUGUUAGAGAGCGCCGACAGCGAGACAGAGACCGAAUCUAUUGUGGCCCAGAAGACCUCUCCCUCCGCCGUCGCAACCGGCAGCGCCACAUCGGGCAGACUCCAACCGGGCGACCAGGAUACCAAGAGACGUGUCAGUAACGGUGGUGACAGCUCUGGAUACGGCAGCACUGAUAGUGAAUGGGAGAAGGUGGAGGAGAACUAG